UCAGAGGGUUUGCGUGUGAUUUGGACGAGUCAUUUGAGCGACCGGUUUCUGUCUUAUCGGUCGCUCUCUAUUCUUCUCUCUCUCCGCUCGACGCAAUUGCUUCUUCUGGUGUUUGAACAUGGAGUCUCAUCAUGCAUCUCUAGGCCGAAGAACGUUGGAAGAAAUUCGUCAAAAAAGAGCGGCAGAAAGAUUAAGCAAAGCUCCUUCUGUUGGAUCAGAUCUACCCACCUCCGUUCCUUAUGGUGGGUUGGUGAGAUCAGAAAGCGAAAUUCGACUGUCUGAGGUUGAUAUUCAUGGUCUAGUAUCACAAAUUAAAGACCUUGAGAGGAAGAAUGCUGCCUCGGGUGAAGAAAAUAAGAGCUUAGCUUCAAAGCUUCGCGUAAAGGAAGAGGAGAAUGACGCAAUGCAGAGGCGUUUAAAUGAUUUGGAACAGAGCACCGUGCCAUCACUUAGGAAAGCCCUCAGGGAUGUUGCAAUGGAGAAAGAUGCUGCAAUUGAUGCAAGGGAGGAUCUCUCAACCCAGUUACGGUUGGCCAAGAAACGUCUAAAAGAGGCAGAAGAGGAACAAUACAGAACUGAGGAACAGGCAGAGGCGCUGAGAGCAGAAUUAAAUUCUCUACAGCAGCAGGCUAUGAUGAAUCCAACUGGUAUCAUCUCUCCUAUGGGUAGCUCACCAGAUCAUAUACAAGCGCUGGAAACAGAUAUAGCUAAUUUGAAAUCUGAGUUGCAGCAAGAGUCACUACUGAGGCAACAAGAACAGCAAAGACUAGCAGAGGUUCAAGCGCAGAGCUCUACACUUAUGGCUGAAAAGCAAGUGUUGGAUGAGAAACUAGAAGCUUUAACCAGAAAUGCAUCAGAAGCCUCAGAUGAAGCUGCUAGCAAGGCGUUCUCGCUGCAAGAAAAGGAGAAACUAGAAAGACAACUGCAUGAUAUGGCAGUGGUGGUUGAGAAACUUGAAAAUAGCCGCCAAAAGCUAUUAUUGGAGAUUGACUCACAAUCUUCGGAGAUAGAGAGACUUUUUGAGGAAAACCCUAAUCUCUCAACCUCUUACGAAGACGCAAUGGGAGUUGUGGGGCAGUGGGAAAACAAGGUGAAUGACUGCCUCAAACAGAAUGAGGAUCUUCGUGCACUGCUCGGACAGUUGAGAGCAGAACAGGCCAAUAAACUGAUUUCAAAUGAAGCCUCAACAGCAUCUAGUUAUGGCGGUGCAAAAUCUAGUGGGGAGGCACAGACAGCUGAAACUUUGCUUCUCAAGGCCCAACUUUCAAAUGAACAGAGCAGAGCAGAGGAACUAUCUGCAGAAGUCAUGAAGCUUUCAGCUCAGCUUCAGCAAUCAGUUCAAGCAUAUAACAGUCUUUCUCGCCUCUACAAGCCUGUACUUCGUAACAUCGAGAGCAGUCUCAUCAAGAUGAAGCAAGACGGUUCUGUAUCAGUCCAGUAAAUCGACCUUUACAAGAAAAAGAAAAAAAGCUAUAACGUCACUGUGAACCAUGGUUGUGAUUUCGUGAGAAAACGACUGUAGAAAAAGGGAAAAAAAAGGUACAGCAUUUCCGAAGUUUAUAAAGGUAUAAAGGAUCGAAUAUCUUGCAGGAUGGAAUUCAUAGGAUUUCAUUAAGAUUACAACUCCUGAAAAAGGAUAACAACUUGGAUCCUCAUUUAUUGCUUGGAGCUGUUUAGCUUGCCUUCACAGCCUCCUCCAUUUAUUCUUGCUAGCCUAUCAAGAAGUAGUAAAUAUAUACAAUAAAACACCUAUCACCAGCUGAAUUUUAAGUUUGUCUUCGCAAGAAGCAACCACAACUGCAUCAGAAGGAACUUGAAAGACGUUGCUUCUUUCGUCUACUUUCUAGAUUUACAUAAUUUUUGUUUUCCUA